CGCGGGGGUAUCAUCGAUCAUGGAGCUUGAGCCAACCAACCAUUGAAGGGUGUUAACCCUGGGGGCAAAAUUGUCUUUUGAAACAAACUAGGGUUUUUCAUCUGUUAAAGAAGACACCUGCCUAUAUAAGACGAAAAAUAACACAACAAACGCUCUCACACACCGCCGUUGCUUAAAUUUCAACGAACCAGAAACAUCACCGGAGAUGGGAGUUUUUACAUUUGUUUGCAAAUGCUCCGGCGGCGAGUGGAGUGCGAAGCAGCUAAAGGGAGAACUUGAAGCCUCCGCCGAUUCUACAUAUACUCUUCAGAGGAAGCUUGUUCAGGUCGCUCUUUCUAGCGACUCUUCCGGCGGUGUUCAAUCUUCUUUCAGUUACGUCCUACCCGAUUCUGCUGUUUUUCAGGUGAUUAUUGGUGGAGGAGGUGGUGGAGCUGCCAUCGGAGCUGGAGCAGCUGCUGCAUCAGCACCGUCUGGAGGUGCAGCUGCUGCCGAGGCACCUGCAGCUGAGGAGAAAAAGGAAGAGAAAGAAGAGAGUGAUGACGACAUGGGUUUCUCGCUCUUUGAUUAAGUUUUCUAUUUCUUUAUACAAUGUUCUGUUUCCCCCCAAGUUUUUAAUGUUUAUGGCUUCAUCUUGUGAAGUUUUGAUACUGUUGGUAGAUUAUGGAUAAUGAGGUUUUUGUUGAAUUAUGAUGAUGAUGGAUUAUAUCAUGUUUCUGUUCUUUAAAUGGUAUUUUUGGAUUGAUUGAUAU